GUGUGUCAGCUGUAUAUAAAAAUUUCCCCUUCUCCGUUUCAAGGGUUAACCAAAAUACACACACAAUUUGGGUUCCUCUCUCUCUUCUCUCUUCUCUCUCCUUAAUAUCUCUUCGCGAAUCGGUUCUCUAUCUCUCUCUGUAUAUGCGAAGACUUGGAUGUGGAUUUUACAGGAGUAGAUAAAGUAGAGGCGAGAUGGCGACCAUAAGGUCGAGCUUGCCGUCAAGGCUGCGGCAACUGUUAUCCACCGAAGGAGCUAUCGGUCCGUCUGUUAAACUCGAUUCGGAGCCUCCUCCUAAAAUAAAGGCAUUCAUAGACAAGGUGAUUCAGAGUCCAUUGCAGGAUAUAGCAAUACCUCUUUCUGGAUUCCGUUGGGAGUAUGGCAAGGGAAAUUUUCAUCACUGGAGGCCACUGUUUCUGCAUUUUGAGACGUACUUUAAGACAUAUUUGUCAUGCAGGAGUGACCUCCUUUUGACAGAUAAUACUCCAGAAGAUGAUUGUCCAUUUCCAAAACAAGCUGUUUUACAAAUUUUGCGAGUGAUGCAAAUUAUUUUGGAGAACUGUCAUAACAAGAGUUCAUUUAGUGGUCUAGAGCAUUUCAAUCUCCUCCUAGCAUCAACAGACCCUGAUAUUUUAAUAGCUACCUUGGAGACUCUUGCCGCGUUGGUGAAAAUAAAUCCCUCCAAACUACAUGCAAGUGGAAAAUUGGUUGGAUGUGGCUCAGUGAAUGGCUGUCUCCUGUCAUUAGCGCAGGGAUGGGGAAGCAAAGAAGAGGGAUUGGGUUUGCAUACUUGCGUUCUGGUAAAUGAAAGGACCCAGGAAGAAGGGCUGUCCUUGUUUCCAUCUGAGGUGCACAAUGAUUAUGACAAGUCCCAGCACCGUUUAGGAUCAACCCUUUAUUUUGAGUUCCAUGGUGCCAACUCUCAGAGCACAGGGGAAGAUAGCAUAGGUUCAAAGUCUUCAGGUGGAGGUGUUAUUCACAUCCCAGAUCUCCAUUUGAGGAAGGAGGAUGAUCUGUCACUAAUGAAGCAGUGUGUUGAGGAGUACAAUGUGCCUCCCGAGCACAGGUUCUCCUUGCUUACCAGAAUCAGAUAUGCUCAUGCCUUCCGAUCUUCUAGAAUAUGCAGGCUGUACAGUAGGGUCUGUCUUCUUGCAUUCAUCGUGCUUGUCCAAUCUAGUGAUGCUCAUGAUGAAUUGGUCUCCUUUUUUGCUAAUGAGCCAGAGUAUACAAAUGAACUAAUCAGGAUUGUGAGGUCAGAAGAAACUGUUCCUGGAACCAUUAGAACACUUGCAAUGCAUGCCUUGGGGGCUCAAUUAGGUGCAUAUUCAUCAUCUCAUGAACGGGCAAGGAUUCUGAGUGGAUCAAGCAUCAGUUUUGCAGGAGGGAACCGCAUGAUUCUCCUUAAUGUUCUCCAGAGGGCAAUUUUUUCACUGAAUAAUUCUAAUGAUCCAUCAUCAAUUUCAUUUGUUGAGGCACUACUACAGUUCUACUUGCUCCAUGUUAUAUCUUCUUCGACAUCUGGGAGUGUUGUUAGGGGCUCAGGAAUGGUUCCAACAUUCUUGCCUCUUUUAGAGGAUUCUGACCCCAUGCAUAUCCAUCUUGUUUGUCUUGCUGUGAAGACCCUUCAAAAGCUCAUGGACUACAGUAAUACAGCUGUAACACUUUUUAAAGAUUUGGGGGGAGUGGAGCUUUUGACCCAUCGGCUCCAGAUAGAAGUAAAUAGGGUCAUUGAUUUUACUGGAGCAAAUGAUAGCUCAAUGAUUAUCGGGGAAGGCAUGAAGUACAAUGAUGAUCAAUUCUACAUCCAAAAGAGACUAAUUAGGGUUUUGUUGAAAGCAAUUGGAUCUGCUACUUAUGCUCUGGCAAACCCUGCAAGAUCCCCAAAUUCUCAUGAUGCUUUGUUGCCCGACACUCUAUUGUUGAUAUUCAGAAAUGUGGAUAAAUUUGGAGGUGAUGUUUAUUCCUCAGCUGUGACUGUGAUGAGUGAAAUUAUUCACAAAGACCCUACUUGCUUUACUGCCUUGCAUGAAUUGGGUCUUCCAGAGGCAUUUUUAGAUUCUGUAGUAACUGGGAUUCUCCCUUCUCCAAAGGCUCUCACGUGUGUUCCUAAUGGUCUUGGUGCUAUUUGUUUAAAUGCCAAAGGCUUGGAAGCAGUGAAAGAAACUAAAGCACUACGAUUCCUCGUUGAUAUCUUCACUUCAAAGGAAUAUGUGGUAGCAAUGAAUGAAGGCAUUGUCCCUUUGGCAAAUGCUGUUGAGGAGCUUCUGCGACAUGUUUCUUCUUUGAGAAGCACUGGUGUUGAUUUAAUCAUUGAAAUUGUUAAUACAAUUGCUACCAUUGGAGACAAUAGCAUAGGAUCACCAGGAAAGGUCAGCAAGAGUUCUGCAAUGGAAACAGAUGCUGAGGACAAGGAAAAUGAAGCUCCUUGCUGCCUGGUUAGUACAAUAGAUGCUACUACAGAAGGCAUAAGUGACGAGCAGUUUAUUCAACUAUCCAUCUUCCAUGUAAUGGUUUUGGUCCGAAGGACAAUGGAAAAUGCUGAAACAUGUAGAUUAUUUGUGGAGAAGUCAGGAAUUGAAGCUUUACUGAAACUUCUAUUGCAGCCAAGUAUUGUGCAGUCAUCUGAAGGAAUGUCUAUUGCUCUACAUAGCACUUCCGUUUUCAAGGGUUUCACUCAACAUCAUUCUGUUCCUUUGGCACGUGCUUUCUGUUCCUCUCUUAGAGAUCAUCUGAGUAAAGCAUUGACUGGAUUUAGUGUGGCUUCGGGAUCGUUUCUGCUAGACCCAGGAAUGCCUCCAGAUAGUGAAAUCUUUUCUUCACUCUUCCUGGUUGAAUUCCUUUUAUUUCUUACUGCCUCAAAAGACAACCGCUGGGUAGCUGCAUUGCUUACUGAAUUUGGAAAUGACAGCAAGGAUGUAUUGGAAGAUAUUGGACGUGUACAACGUGAAGUUCUAUGGCAGAUUGCUCUAUUGGAAGAUGCUAAGCUUGAGAUGGAGGAUAAUGGUUCUGGUUCCACUGCUGAGUCACGGCAUUCAGAGUCGGGUACAAAUGAAACUGAAGAGCAAAGAUUCAACUCCUUUCGGCAGUUUCUUGAUCCAUUUAUGAGAAGAAGGAUGUCAGGAUGGAGUUUUGAGUCCCAAUUUUUUGACCUUAUAAACUUGUAUCGUGAUCUUAGUCGUGCUUCUGGUCUUCAACAAAGACUCAGUAUUGAUGGUCCGACAAACCUGCGUCUUGGAGCCAAUAAUCAACCUCAUGCAUCAUCUGGGUCUUCUGAUGGUGUCGGGACCAGUCUUGGAAAGGAAGAUGACAAGCGGAGAUCCUAUUAUUCUUCUUGUUGCGACAUGGUGAAGUCACUUUCUUUUCAUAUUACCCAUUUGUUUCUGGAGUUGGGAAAAGCACUCUUGCAUCCCUCUCGUCGUCGGGAUGAUGCGUUAAAUUUGUCACCUCCAAGUUCAGUGGUUUCUAGCUUUGCAACCAUCACACUUGACCACAUGAAUUUUGGAGGUCAUGUGAAUUCUUCUGGUUCAGAAGCAUCUUUUUCUACAAAAUGCCGUUACUUUGGGAAGGUUAUUGAUUUCAUUGAUGUCAUUCUACUAGACAAGCCAGAUUCAUGCAAUCCUGUUUUGGUGAAGUGUUUCUACGAGAGUGGAAUUAUUCAGUCAGUUUUGACUACAUUUGAAGCUACCAGCCAGUUGCUUUUUGCAGUAAAUAGAGCUCCUGCUUCUCCCAUGGAGACCGAUGAUGGGAUUUUAAAGCAGGAUACAAAGGAAGAGAUAGACAAUGCUUGGAUCUAUGGUCCCUUAGCCAGCUACUGUAAACUAAUGGACCACCUUGUGACUUCAUCUUUCAUUUUGUCUCCUUUAAGUAAGCACUUGCUCACACUACCUCCGGGAAAUGGGGAUACUGAGUUUCCGCGUGAUGCUGAGACUUUUGUGAGGGUCCUCCAGUCCAUGGUGCUUAAAGCAGUGCUGCCUGUUUGGACUCACCCUCAGUUUACUGAUUGCAGCUAUGAUUUCAUUUCAACAGUUAUUUCUAUAAUUCGGCAUAUUUAUUCUGGUGUUGAAGUGAAAAACAUUUCUAGCAGUGGCAUGGCUCGCACUGUUGGGCCUCCUCCCAAUGAAUCAACUAUUGCAACAAUUGUGGAGAUGGGAUUUCCUAGGUCCAGAGCAGAAGAAGCUUUGAGGCAGGUUGGUUCAAAUAGUGUGGAGCUGGCUAUGGAAUGGUUAUUCUCACAUCCGGAGGAAAUCCAAGAAGACGAUGAACUCGCCCGUGCACUAGCCAUGUCACUUGGAAACUCUGGGCCGGAAACUAAAGAUGUUUCACAUGAAAAUAAUCAGCAUAUGGACGAUUUGGUCCAAACCCCUCCUGUUGAAGACUUGUUAUCUACAUGUACAAAGCUUUUAAAAAUGAAAGAGUCUCUAGCGUUUCCAGUUCGAGACCUUCUUGUUAUGAUUUCCUCCCAAAAUGAUGGUCAAUAUCGGUUAAAUGUCAUUUCUUAUAUUGUAGACCAGGUGAAGCUUUGCAAUUCUGAGGUUGGAAAUGGUACAAUGCUAAAUGCUCUAUUCCAUGUUCUAGCAUUAAUUUUUCAUGAAGAUGCAUUGGCCCGAGAAGUUGGCUCAAAGACUGGUCUGGUGAAGAUUGCCUCAGAUUUACUCUCAAAUUGGGCUUCUAGUUCAGUUGAUUCUGCAAAAUCUGAAGUUCCAAAGUGGGUGACAGCAGCUUUUCUUGCUAUUGACCGGCUGUCGCAAGUGGAUCAAAAGCUGAAUGCUGAGGUUGCAGAGCUGUUAAAAAAGGAUGAUGUUGAUGGCCAUCAAACAUCUAUAGUAAUUGAUGAAGAUAAGCAGAACAAGUUACAUUCAGCAUUGGGAUUGUCUCCAAUGAAUAUAAGUAUACAGGAAAAGAAGAGACUUAUUGAGAUUGCUUGUGUUUGUAUCAAGAAACAGCUUCCAUCUGAAACAAUGCAUGCUGUUUUGCAGUUAUGUUCUACUCUGAGCAGAACUCAUUCUGUUGCUGUUAGUUUUCUUGAGGCUGGAGGUUUGCCUUCGCUGCUGUUCUUGCCAACAAGUUGCCUGUUUGUUGGUUUUGAUAGUAUUGCUGCGACUAUAAUCCGUCAUAUCCUGGAAGAUCCCCAGACUCUUCAGCAAGCAAUGGAAUCUGAAAUAAGACACAGUGUUGUGACUGCUGCUAAUCGACAAUCCAAUGGAAGACUUACUCCCCGCAAUUUUCUUAUGAAUUUGACUUCAGUUGUAGCACGAGAUCCGGUGAUAUUUAUGCAGGCUGCUCGUUCUGUGUGCCAAGUUGAGAUGGUGGGUGAAAGGCCAUAUAUUGUUCUGCUUAAAGACCGUGAUAAGGAUAAAUCCAAAGAUAAAGAAAAAGAGAAGGAUAAAGCUGUGGACAGAGACAAAGCACAGGCUGGUGAUGGGAAUGGGAACAACAAACUUUCUGAUGCAAGUUCAAAGAAUGUGAAAGCUCAUCGGAAGCCCCCACAGAAUUUUGUCAAUGUGAUUGAGCUUCUGUUGGAUUCAGUAAUAAUGUUUGUACCUCAAUUGAAAGAUGAUUCUUUGACCAGGGAUACCUCAUCACUAUUGGACAUGGACAUAGAUACGACUGGAGACAAGGGGAAAGGGAAGGCUGUUGUUUCUGUAUCCGAAGAGGAUGGGACUAAUAACCAGGAAGAUUCUGCAGCAUUGGCCAAGAUUGUAUUCAUUUUGAAGCUUUUGACUGAGAUUCUCUUGAUGUAUUCUUCAUCUAUUCAUAUUCUCUUGCGAAGAGAUGCUGAAGCUAGUAGUUUGAGGUGUCCUCAACGUGCUUCUACUGGCCAUGGCUCUGGUGGAAUGUUCCAUCAUAUUCUUCACAAGUUUCUUCCCUGUCCUAGAAGUUCAAAGAAGGAAAAGAAAACAGACAUUGACUGGAAGCACAAACUAGCUAGCCGGUCAAGCCAGUUUCUGGUGGCAUCUUGUGUUCGAUCCACAGAGGCAAGGAAGAGAAUUUUCUGGGAGAUCAGUAAUGUCUUUAAUGAUUUUGUGGAUUCAUCUGCUGGUUUCAAGCCACCGGGCAGUGAUAUUCCUGCUUUAAUUGAUCUGCUGAAUGAUGUAAUUGCUGCCCGUACUCCCACAGGUUCAUAUAUUACUGCAGAAGCUUCUGCUACUUUUAUAGAUGUUGGUCUGGUGACAUCAUUGACGCGUACUCUCCAAGUGUUAGACCUGGAUCAAGCUGAAUCUGCUAAAGUUGUUACAGGACUUGUAAAAGUACUUGAGGUAGUGACAAAGGAACAUAUACAUGCUGCUAACAUGAUUGCUAGCAAGUCUGAAAAUUCAAGAAAACCCCUUGAUCCAGCUCAACUAGGUGGAACUGAUAAUAGCGGUGUUAUAUCCCAGUCCAUGGAAACUAAUGCUCAAAAUAACCAGAGUUCUGUGGCAUCUGACCGCAUCGAGUCUUUUGAUGCUGUACAGACCUAUGGUGCAUCUGAGGCCGUUACUGAUGAUAUGGAACAUGACCAAGAUCUAGGAGGCUUUGCUCCUGCAACUGAAGAUGAUUAUAUGCAUGAAACUCCUGAAAACGUGCGGGGUUCCGAAAAUAGCCUUGAUGCUGUGAGUAUAAGAUUUGAAAUCCAAGCACAUGAUCAAGAGAAUCCUGUUGAUGAGGAUGAUGAUGAGAUGUCAGGGGAUGAUGGAGAUGAUCUUGAUGAAGAUGAAGAUGAGGAUGAGGAUGAUGAGGAACCUAAUGAUCUGGAAGAAGAUGAGGCCCAUCACCUGCCACAUCCUGAUACUGAUCAAGAGGACCAUGAAAUUGAUGAGGAUGAUUUUGAUGAGGAGGUGAUGGACGAAGAGGAUGAAGAGGACGAGGAUGAUGAGGAUGGAGUCAUACUUAGGCUGGAGGAAGGAAUCAAUGGGAUAAAUGUUUUUGAUCAUAUCGACGUUUUUGGUAGAGAUCAUAGCUUUGCCAAUGAAACUCUUCAUCUGAUGCCUGUUGAAGUCAUUGGACCUAGACACCAAGGGCGCACCACAUCAAUUUACAAUCUCCUGGGGAGAACUGGUGACACUGCUUCCCCAUCACAACAUCCACUUCUGGUGGAACCUUCUUCGUCGCUACACACUGCUUCUCUCAGGACAUCAGAGAGCACAAACGAAGUCAGUUAUUCUGAUAGGAACACAGAGAGCACCUCUUCGCGUCUAGAUGCUAUUUUCCGGUCAUUGAGGAAUGGACGUCAUGGACACCGAUUUAACUUGUGGACGGACAGUAACCAUCAAACUGGUGGAUCAAAUUCAUCUGCAGUUUCCCCUGGGCUUGAAGAUCUGCUUGUUUCGCAUUUGAGACGGCCAGCUGCAGAAAAACCCUCUGAUCAGAACUCAGCUCCAGUGGAACCUCAAAGUAAGAGUGAGGUUGGUCAAUUACAAGAAUCUGCAGGGAUGACCCCUGAAACACCUGCUGAGAACCAUGGCAAUGUUCAAAGCAAUUAUGUGCCUCCACCCUCUUCUGUAGCAACAGAUGGCUCCGGUG